AUGGGGUUCAAGGAGUUCAUCAUACAACUUCAGAAAUUAGAUGGCGAUAUGUGCAAUGAUGUAUAUUACUAUGUUGGAAAUUGGGCCAUGUUAGAUGGGUUGGGAGAAGUUAGAGAUGAUAAUGACUAUGUAAGAUUUAUUGAUAUUAGGUAUGAUAAUGAUUGUAAAAUCUAUGUGUACCUUGAUGAAUAUCAAGAGCUAAUCAAGGAGUGGAUUAAUGAAGAAAAGGUUGAAGAAGGAGGCACAAAGAGUGAUACAUGUGAGGAUGAUGUAGACUCAAUCAUGUUAGAUGACAUAUCACUGUACCAUGAAGUUGAUGAUGAAUGUAUUUCAUUAAAGAAAUAUGUAGAUCUGUUUUUGGCACAGACAAAUGUUAUUCCAUUAGGAGGGGUUAAUGACAAAAAUAAUGGACACAAAAAUGAAGUUCACUUUGAUGUUUAUGAUCCUAACCGGUAA